AUGACUAUUGCUGCAUAUGCGUAUGAAACAAAUGAAGCAAGAAGAGCACAUGAACUAGUUAACGAAAACUCAACUUUAACAAUUGAAGGCAAUGAUUUAGUCAUUGACGAUGGAAAAACUAAAAAAGUCAUUGAUUUCGAUACUUUUAACACUUAUGACCCAUUCAUUACAACAAGCAAGGUUCCCAUCAUAAAUGAUGGAACGGUGCAAUAUAUAAAUUCAACAGUAGAUGUCUCAUUAGUGAAAGUACUGAAUGUUCUCAUUGAAUUACUAAAGAGCUUCCGAUUUGACGACAACAUUAAAUGCUUAAAGAAUUUAGUCAUGAAUGAGAAACAAAUUCUCGGCGUUGCUGGUAGCAGUAAUGAUGUACACCUUAUGACAUUAGAAUAUUAUAACGAACAUAAAGAUGAACUGAAAGGAGAGAAGGGUGACACCGGACCUCAAGGACCACAAGGAAUACAAGGACCUCAAGGCGAAAACGGUUUGGAUGGUGAAGAUGGAAAGGAUGGAAAAACUGCUAAAUCAUGGAUAUGGGACCUUAUAAAUACUGGUUUAACAGCUGCUUCAUAUGGAGUUCUUCAAUACCAAAUCGGAAAGAUAUGGGCAGUACUUGGUGAAGAAGUUUUAGAUGACGUUAAAAAUGCUUUGAACUUCAUUUCAAAUGGUUCGGAUACUAUUAAAACUUUAUCUGGUUGGAUGCAAGAAACAAGGAGUCAAAUAGAUACUGUAAGACGUAUAGCAAACAAUGCACGUACGGGAUUGGAUACUUUACGAGAAGCACAAAAUACACUAAAGGAAGCAAAUGAUAUUCUUGGCUCAGUAUCAGACAUGCAUGAAGAUUGGCUUAAAGGUAUUGACAAAUCUUUAAAAAAUCACAGUCAGUCUAUUGCUGACUACAAGAAAAGUAUAGAUUUUUUACAUAGUGUUAUGGACGUACAUGAUGGAAGCAUAAGGAACUUACUUAAUGCUAACAAUAACUUACCAGGAACUAUUAAAGCAUUUAUAAAGUCCUUUGUAAAACCUGGUGCUCUAACAUUUAGGUCUUUGAGAGCAAGAGCAUUGAAGUCAAGAGAUGCAGAAACUCCAACAGAACCUACAGAAGGAACUGAAACAACAGAAACUCCAGAAGAACCACCAAAACCAACAGCUAAUGAAAUAUUGUUCGAAUAUUUUCCAAGGUACUCUGUUCUCAUUGCAUACAUUCAAGAAAUACUUAAGAAAGCAGACUUGACUUUAGGAGAUGAUGAAAGUUCUGUAUAUCUUUCGUUCCAGUUUCAAAUAGCAGAACUUUUGAGACAGAUGUGCUUAAUGUAUGACAACAUCUCUGAUUUCACAAGAUAUGAUGACGACCAUGACCCCGAACACGGUGAAGAAGAAGUUUUACAAACAUCCAUUAAGACAGGAAAGGUUUUAACUCAAAGUCUCAUUAUUGACACCAAAGAUGGUGAAGUGGACGUUCUUCAAGAGCUGAAGAAAAAUACUUCUGAAGGAGGUGGUGGUAGGCAUGAACUUGAAAUAAAUGAGAUAGAAGAGAAAUUAGCCGAAAAAGCAGAUAAAAACCAUGUUCAUUAUAUAAGUUCAGACGAACAGAUUAUAACGGACUACCAUGGAUAUUUAACACGAACUGAAGAAAGAGUGAAGACGGAAGAUGUUAAUGAAAGAAGAUAUAAAUUCAUUCGUGCUAAAGGUUAUGACAUAAGCUGUACUGUACAGUAUGACACAGGUAAAGCACCAGAAGCAUUUGGUUAUAACAAUGAAAUUUAUGCUUCAUACUUCUUUGUUAACGGUGUAUUAGUUGAACCAAGAUUUACUUUGCGAGUUAAGGCAAAAAUAACUUUUGAAGAUGCUAUUAAAAGUAAAGCUGACAAAGAUGAACUUGACGCAACGAACAAAGUUUUGAAAUCUCAUAAACACAAUAUCUCCGAUAUAAAUGAACUUCAAGCUACAUUAAAUAGUAAAGCUGACAAGAACCAUACACAUGAAUCCUUCACUACUGUUAGAGCAGACGACAUAAUAUUGAACUAUGAUUUGGGUUCAAGUGCACCUUUAGAGAAUCCGAGUCCAAGCGUAAAAGAUACACUAAACUCCUUAAAUAACAAAUGUAUGAAUAUCGAAGGUCAUGUCAGAAACUUUGAAACACAUGAACUACCAGCAAUGUUAGAUAAGAAAGCAGAUAAAGAACAUACACAUAACUCCUUCUCAACUGUUGCUAUAGAAAGUAUUGAAGGAACGGUUGGCGGAACUGGUGGGGAUGCAUUAUAUUAUAAACCUCCUAACUUUCCACAAGGUUUAACAUCGAAUGAAAACAUAACAACGAAGAAAGACAUUAGCUGUAAAAAUGUUUAUGUUAUGGAUGAUGAAAAUAAUGUUAAAUUCACUGCUCAAGAUUUAUAUGAUAAGAAAGCCGACAAGAACCAUACACAUAAAUCCUUCACUACUGUUAGAGCAGACGACAUAAUAUUGAACUAUGAUUUGGGUUCAAGUGCACCUUUAGAGAAUCCGAGUCCAAGCGUAAAAGAUACUCUUAACAAUUUAGAUAACAGUUGCAGGAAUAUCGAAGAUCAUGCCAGAAACUUUGAAGCAUAUGAACUACCAACAAUGUUAGAUAAGAAAGCCGACAAAACAGAGCUUCAAACAUUAAAGACUGAAAUACUUCAAACAUUAUAUCCUACAGGCUCUAUUUAUACGUCAAUGAAUUCAACAAAUCCAGCAACAGUUCUGGGUUUUGGUUCAUGGAAGCAGAUUGUAAACAAAUUCUUAUAUUGUACUAAUAAUUCAAAACAAGCCGGUGGUUCAAAGAAAAUUAAAGAAGCAAACUUACCUCCGCACACUCAUACAGGAACGACAAACUUUUCUGGCGACCAUACCCACUCAUUAAGAGACCACCCAUUAUACAACUCAGACUAUGAAGCAGGCAAUGACGUUUUAUCUCCAUCUUAUAACAAUUCAGCAAAAAAGACUUUUCGACCAACUGAACCAGGAGGAAAUCAUGUCCAUACUUUCACAACAAAUCCAACAGGCUUGGGUAAAGAUUACAUGCCACCAUUUGUGACUGUAUUCGCAUGGUACCGCGUUCAAUGA